GACGAGUACCGCCGCCAGAUGGCCGUCAAUGUCGACGGCGUCUUCUAUUGCGCAAAAUACGCCGGCGAACUGUUCCGCCGCCAAGGGUUCGGCAACUUGAUCCUCACCUCAAGCAUCUCGGCGCGCAUUGUGAAUGUUCCUGUCGACCAGCCCGUAUACAACGCCACCAAGGCCUUUGUCACACAACUGGGCAAGAGCCUGGCUAGGGAAUGGCGCGAGUUUGCCCGCGUCAACAUCGUGUCGCCUGGCUUUUUUAAUACCAAAAUGGGCGCGUCGGAGAGAGUGUUCAGCGAGGGGUUGAGGAUGACGCCGCUGGGCCGGCAGGGAGAUGUCAAGGAGAUCAAGGCUUUGUAUCUUUAUCUUGCGAGCGACGCCAGUACUUACAUGACGGGCAGUGAUGUGCUGAUCGAUGGUGGCUAUACCCUUCCUUGAGACAAUCAUUACUAAGUAUGAUACAGUAAUCAUUCUAUGCUUGGAAAUGAAGACCAGUCUAGUAAAGGGGAAAGGAGGGGGGGGGGCAGCAAGAGAAGCGGUCAGUCAGCCUGUGUCUCUGUCUCUGUCCCUCUCUCUCUCACACACAAACACACGGGUAUUUGUAAUGUUAGUAGAGGUAGCCCCUCUUUUAUUAGACAUGCAGUAC